GGGACGGGCCUGGCGCCGGUGGCGGCGGCGGCGGCGGAGGGAGCGCCGCGGGCGGGCGAUGUGAGCGCGGCGCUCGCGGCAGAUUACGCUUCAUGUCAGUAGCAAUGGACAGCAGCAGUUUUAUUCAGUUUGAUGUGCCCGAGUACAGCAGCACCGUUCUGAGCCAGCUAAACGAACUCCGCCUACAAGGGAAACUAUGUGACAUCAUUGUCCACAUUCAGGGUCAGCCAUUCCGAGCCCACAAAGCAGUCCUUGCUGCCAGCUCCCCAUAUUUCCGGGACCAUUCAGCAUUAAGUACCAUGAGUGGCUUGUCAAUAUCAGUGAUUAAAAAUCCCAAUGUGUUUGAACAGUUGCUUUCAUUUUGUUACACUGGAAGAAUGUCCUUGCAGCUGAAGGAUGUUGUCAGUUUUCUGACGGCAGCUAGCUUUCUUCAGAUGCAGUGUGUCAUCGACAAGUGCACACAGAUCCUAGAGAGCAUCCAUUCAAAGAUCAGUGUUGGCGAUGUUGACUCUGUUACCGUUGGUGCUGAAGAGACUCCAGAGAGUCAGAAUGGAGUUAAAGACGGCGGCUUCUUUGCCAACCCAGUUGAGAUCUCUCCCCCGUAUUGCUCUCAGGGACGGCAGCCCACCACAAGCAGUGAUCUUCGGAUGGAGACGACGCCCAGCAAAGCUUUGCGCAGCCGCCUACAGGAGGAAGGGCACUCAGACCGAGGGAGCAGCGGGAGUGUUUCUGAGUACGAGAUUCAGAUAGAGGGGGACCAUGAUCAAGGGGACCUGCUGGUGAGGGAGAGCCAGAUCACUGAGGUGAAGGUGAAGAUGGAGAAGUCAGACCGGCCCAGCUGUUCCGACAGUUCCUCUCUGGGAGACGAUGGCUACCACACUGAGAUGGUUGAUGGGGAACAGGUUGUGGCAGUGAAUGUGGGUUCCUAUGGUUCUGUGCUCCAACACGCAUAUUCCUUUUCCCAGGCAGCCUCACAGCCAACCAGCGUAUCAGAAGCUUUUGGAAGUUUGAGUAAUUCCAGCCCAUCCAGGUCCAUGCUGAGCUGUUUCCGAGGAGGGCGUGCCCGCCAAAAACGGGCUUUGUCUGUCCACCUGCACAGUGAUCUACAGGGCUUGGUGCAGGGUUCAGACAGUGAAGCUGUGAUGAAUAACCCUGGGUAUGAGAGCAGUCCCCGGGAGAGGAGUGCAAGAGGUCACUGGUACCCCUACAACGAGAGGCUGAUCUGCAUUUACUGUGGAAAGUCCUUCAACCAGAAAGGAAGCCUUGACAGGCAUAUGCGACUCCAUAUGGGAAUCACCCCCUUUGUGUGCAAGUUCUGCGGGAAGAAGUACACACGAAAGGACCAACUGGAGUACCACAUCCGGGGCCAUACUGAUGAUAAACCAUUCCGCUGUGAGAUCUGCGGGAAGUGCUUUCCAUUCCAAGGUACCCUCAACCAGCACCUGCGGAAAAACCACCCGGGUGUAGCUGAAGUCAGGAGUCGCAUCGAGUCCCCUGAGAGAACAGAUGUGUACGGGGAACAGAAACUAGAAAAUGACCCAUCAGCCUCCGAGAUGGCCCUAGAUUCUCGGAUGGAAAUUCAUACAGUAUCCGAUGCUCCUGAUUAAGAUGGUAAAGAAGUGCACCCAAACAAAGCACAUUAUUCCAUGCAUAUUUGUGAUUUGCUUUGUUGUAAUCUUUAGUUUUCCCAACCAUCUGGAAAUCUCUUGGUCUCUUGGCAGUUUUUCUAAGGGUUCUGGAAGGAACACUUCAUUGUGUUUAUUCUUCCCCCGUCCUCCCUUCCCCAAGGAGCUCAAAGCAUGAAGGGCAUCAUAUCCAGGGAAAACACAGGCUGACAGUAUUCCUCUUUGGCUGAACUCUUAAUCCAAAAUCUGCCAGUGAUUUAGCUAUGCCAACUGGUUGACCCUGUAUUCUCUGCCAAGAGGCAUACUCUCACUGGGCCAUCAUGCACUGGCACCAGUGCAUCUCCAUGGAGAGAGACUAGGAUGCCAUCAGCCGAUAUAAAUGGAUUUGUGAUAAUGAAUAUUUCAGUGCUGCUUAAUUUUGUUCUGAAUUCUUGUUUCUUGCUUGUAAAUGGCUUUUUUAUGGUAUAAAUAAAGUCCAUGGAAAUUGCUGUUUGUAAAUAAAAAUGCUGCUAGAGCAAA